CAACAAGAUGGCGCCGAGUGGGGAGAGUGCGCCCAGUUGGCCAGGUGCUGCCGCCGCGUCGAGUUCGGCGCUAUAGCUAAACUAAAUACGCAGUGUUGUACAUUUUAGAACGUUCACAAUGGCUACCGCGAAAGACACGUCUACUUUCUUUCUGGAGGCAGAUGCAAAAGAAUUUGACAGUGUAUUGAAGUUAUAUCCACAGGCGAUUAAACUAAAAGCUGAACAGAAAACAAAGAAACCAGAGGAACUCAUAAAAUUGGACAAUUGGUACCAGAAUGAAUUACCAAAGAAGAUCAAAGCCCGGGGUAAAGAUGCGCAUAUGAUCCACGAGGAGCUGGUCCAGCUCAUGAAAUGGAAACAAGCGAGAGGGAAGUUUUACCCGCAACUAUCGUAUCUUAUAAAAGUGAACACACCUAGAGCCGUAAUGCAAGAAACAAAGAAAGCCUUCCGUAAACUGCCGAAUAUAGAGUCAGCUAUGACUGCGCUGAGCAACCUCAAAGGAGUGGGCACGGCCACAGCGUCAGCCCUCCUCGCGGCAGCAAGCCCAGAAAUCGCCCCCUUCAUGGCCGACGAGUGCCUACAAGCCAUCCCAGAGAUGGAAGGUAGCGACUACACUGCCAAGGAAUACCUCAAUUUUGUUAAACAUAUAAAGACCGUCUGUGAUAGGUUAAAUAAGGAACAAAACGGCUGUGGCAAGAAAUGGUCCCCACAUAUGGUCGAGUUGGCGUUAUGGACACACAACAUAGUAUCUGAUCUGCAGCCCGAACUGCUCGGAAAAGAGCCCAACACAAGCGCGCCUACGAACGGUGGUUCGCCCCUGCCGAGCGAUGAAAGCAAUCUUGAGCCACCGUCCACAAAUGGAAACGGCAAAUUAGCAGCAGACUCAGUAAACGAAGACACAACGACGUCGUGCACAGAAGACUCAAUGGACGCGAAAGCCGCGUCGCCCCCCACCCCCGCCACGCCGGCCUCCCCCUCCGACAACUCAGACUCAGCGUUGAGCACGCCGCGCGCGAAACGACCAAUAGAAGAGGCGAGUUCAGCGGAAGAAAACUCAUUGGGCGACUCGAUGGAUGCGCAAGCGCCGCCGGUAGCCAAGAAGCUGCGGGAAGCCACGCACUGACCCGCGCGUCUCCGAACAUCCCUCGUGCGCCUAUAAAUAGCUUUCUAGAAUAAAAUAUUGUACCUAGGUAAUUUAUUUUCAAUUCCGUUUAAUUUUAACUUAGCCUUAAGUUUUAAGAGUACCGGUUUUGUAAGUUUUAUAGGGUAUUAAUUAAUUGAUUAAAUGAUAAUUUCGGAUGCGUUUCGACGGACUUACCGGGCGCUCCGCGAGAGUAUGAGAUUGUACAAUAUUUCAAUGUGAGUGUAUUUUCGGAGUGGCCCGUUGGGCCUAGCGUUAGGUUUUGUUUGUAAUGAUUUGAUGUUUGAACGUUCGCAUCCCGCGUGACAUUCCAAUAAUUUGUACGUACGAACGGCGGCGAGGGAGCCGGAUCGCCGCGCCGGACCAGAUGCCUUGACGAGCCCGCGGCCGUCACACUCACACCAUUGCCUUAUGACACAGUCUGCCCGCAGAGUUUAUA